AUAUCGAGUCAUUCAAAAGCAUAUAUUUUAUUCCUCGUUCAAACUGGUCUGUAUCUGUUCGGGCUGAGCUGAACAGCUUAGCACUUGCAAAUUGAAAUUGACUCUUGCUGCUCCCAUUGGAAUCAGAUUUUAGUCAAAAGUAAGAGAAACUUGUGUAUUCAAGAUGUCAACAUUUACUGGGUUUAGUGGCUUUGGAGCAGCAUCAUCCACAUCAACUGCAACACCUUCAGGUUCUUUGUUUGGAUCAGCAACUACAACGCCUUCAUUCAGUGGCUUUGGGGCAUCAACAGCAGCAAAACAGGUGACAUUCGGUCAGCCGGCGAGCAGUACCGGCUUCUCUGGCUUUGGCGCACCGGCGUCAGCGCCAUCAACAGGGUUCAGCUUCGGGACCCCCGCCUCCACAGCGUCCACAGGGCUCAGUUUCGGCGCGCCCGCCGCGUCCGCCGCCACCGGAUUCAGUUUUGGCGCGCCGGCGGCCACCACCGCCGCCACGGGGUUCAGCUUUGGCGCGCCGGCCGCCUCCACGGCCGCUACUGGCUUCAGUUUCGGAGCGCCGGCGUCUUCGGCCUCCACCGGGUUCAGUUUCGGCGCUCCAGCGUCUUCAGCGGCCACAGGCUUUAGUUUCGGCGCGCCGGCCUCGACCGCCUCGACGGGCUUCAGUUUUGGCGCGCCGACAUUCGGAGCCGCCGCGCCGGCGGCCGGCGGGUUCAGCUUCGGCAAACCCGCCGCGCCAGCGUUCGGCGCGCUCGGCCAGCCUCAGCAGCCACAGCAGGCGCAGCCAGCCGACCAGAGUCAGACGCCGGCCCUGUACAGCGCCAUGCUCAACGUCACCAUCUAUCGUGACGAGCGGGACGCCAUCCUGGCCAAGUGGAACCAGCUGCAGGCCAAGUGGGGCGUCGGAAAGGGUUUUUACACGAUGGGCCCCCCGGUGGAGCUGGGCGCGGAAAAUCCGUUCUGCGUGAUGAAGGCGGUCGGCUACGCCCGGCUGCCCACGGCCAAAAACGACGACGGCCUCGUGACACUGCGACUCAACAAGAAAGAAUCCGAAGUCAGGAGCAGUCAGCAGCAGAUUGUCAGCACCGUCUCGAAGCUGCUGGAGAACCGGCCGUCACUCUCGGUCUGUGUCGAGAGUGUGCGGGCCGUCACUCCGGAGAAGACUGAGAUCCAGAUCUACGUGCAGGAGCGCAGUCCCAACGGCUCGGUGCGUCGUGUGCCCGCCUCGGACCUGUGCUCCCACCUAUCUGCGCCCGCGCAGCGCUCUCAGCUGGCGGCUGUGGCACUGGACCAGCUGCACGCGCUGGUGGCGCCGUCUGCCGAGCAGCUGCAGCUCUACCUGGAUAACCCUCCGGCAGGAAUCGAUAAGCUGAUCUGGGAGCAGGCCAAGAAGGACAACCCGGACCCGAAGGCCAUGAUUCCCGUGCCGAUGAUCGGCUUUAACGAGCUGCACCGGAGAACGCAGUGUCAGGAGCAGGAGAACGUGAACCAGCAGCGUCGUCUGGAUCUGAUCGCCUCCGACAUCGCCGACCUGCAGAAGACGCAGGCGGCCACCGCGGCGCGGCUCAGCCAGCUGAAACGAGCCAACCUGGAGCUCUCGCACCGCGUGCUGCAGGUUCUGGUGCGCCAGGAGAUGGUGCGUAAGCAGGGCUGGAGCAUCCAGCCGCACGAGGAGCGGCUGCGCGUGCAGCUGGAGGCGCUCCAGGACGAGCUGGCCACGCCCACCCAGUUCAAGGGCCGUCUGAACGAGCUGCUGUCCCAGACACGUCUGCAGAGCCAGCAGGCGGUGCAGCGCGGUGAGCGCUACUCGCUGGAGCCGGCCGGCCGCGACGAGGUGCGCCAGCUGCUGCGCUCUCAGCAGCACGGCCUCCAGCAGCUGAUGGCCGUGGUGCAGGCCGACCUGGCGGACCUGGACACGAUCCGACACGGCCUCGAGCACGCGCCCAGACGCUGACCGGGACACGGGGAGCGCCGCGCCGCGGUCAGACGCGCUGCUGGAGGGCUGUUCGGUCCGUGACUCGACUGGUGGUGUGAUCCUGCGGUGUGGUGACUGAAUUUAGGUGAUCUGGCUAGAAGUGCUUCGACGGCGGUUCUGUGGUCAUGGGAGGACGUCGGUGAGGCGCCAACGGGCUUGGAGCGGGCAGGGCCCGGACUGGACUCAUGAUGCGAGCGACCCUGUGAGUCGCGGUGUGGACUCUCGCUCCGCGCGCUCUCGUAUUCCAAGAAACUGCCGUCUGUGAUGGAACCAGUGAUGGCCAUGUCAAUUUUUCUCGUAAUGUUUUGGAAAUCAAUGUAUGGUAGACUGCAGCGAUGGCACUAGCUAUUUUCCAGACUGUGGACCCGACGCGUCAAUCUCUCCAGGUUUCUGUGUUGUAGCGUCGGCCAAACGUUUCGACGUUGUGCCCCAACGUGCACAGCCCACAGGUGGCGCUUGUCAUCUCCAUUUCGGCCACAACGUCGGCAUGACUGCCGUGACUGUUACUUUGUCACUCGUGGUAAGAUGACACGUCUGGCGAGUCAGCAAAUCAGCCGACGGUUGUUGGUAAGACGUCUUGCGAUAUGGUCGACCUAUCCAGACUGCCGCAGUGUCUAUGGAAGCAUGGCUAGGCAACGAGGGAGACGGUAUGACUUCAGGCGGCAUGCCAAAUGUGCUAACGUUAUUAAUGACUGGCGCAAAUACAAUGUUUGGGAUAUAUGACGGAUGUAAUAAAAAUGCCAAAAUUUAA